AUGGCUUUCUUAAUCAGGACCCUUCUCUUAUGCGCCGCAUCCCUCACCUUCCUGGCCGCGCCAUCCUCCGGCCAGUUGUUCAACCACUUGCUCGACGGCGAGCGCCUCGGCACCGGCCAAGCCCUCACACAAGGAGGCUUCGCCUUCGUUAUCCAGAGCGACUGCAACCUCGUUCUCUAUGAAUUCGGGAAUCCGCUUUGGUCUUCGGGUACUAACGGUCAGGGUUUGGGAUGCUACGUCACCUUGCAGAGCGACGGCAACCUCGUCAUCUAUGAUCAGUCAAAUAAGGCCAUAUGGGCGAGCAACACUAACGGAGAAACUGGAAACUAUCUUCUGAUACUGCAAAAGGACCGCAAUGUUGUUAUAUACAGCUUGCCCAUUUGGGCUACGGGGACUAACACCGUUGGCUCGGCUGGCGUUGUGAUCGCCGGAGCACGCAAUGGGACGGUGGGGGUUACGGGUGCGGAGCAGAAUAAGGUGAGGGAAAUGGGCAAGAUUAUGGAGGAAUGCUGCCCGAAUGAUAUCAAUGGUGCUUAUGCUGCUGAUAGGAAGUUUGAGACGCUGAAGACUAAAAGUUUUCGGAGAUCUAAUCCCAACCCACUAAUUCAAAUCAAAUCAGCGAAGCAACCCCAGCAAUCAGCCAUGGCUUCCUUCACCUUCUUCCUCUUCGCCGCCACCCUCACCGUCCUGCUCGCCACCCCAGCCUCAUGCCAGUACUACAACCACUUGCUCGCCGGCGAGCGCCUCAACACAGGCCAAGCCCUCACACAAGGAGGCUACUCCUUCAUCAUCCAGAGCGACUGCAAUCUCGUCCUCUACGAAUACGGGUCUGCAAUUUGGUCUUCGGGCACCAACGGUAAGGGUAAGGGUUGCUACGUCACCAUGCAGACCGACGGCAACCUCGUAAUCUACAAUCGCAAAAAUAAAGCUAUAUGGGCGAGUAACACUAACAGAGAAACUGGAAACUAUAUUCUCAUACUGCAAAAGGACCGCAACGUUGUUAUAUACAGCUUGCCCAUUUGGGCUACGGGGACGAACACCGUGGGCUCGGCUGGUGUUGCCAUUGCUGGUGCAGGUAAUGGGACGGUGGCGGUUUCAGGCGCGGAGCAAAAUAAGGUGAGGGAAAUGGGGAAGAUGGUGGAGCUUAAGAGUGAUGAGUAG